UCCAACUCUCAGCCUUCCAGCUGGAUCCUGCUGCUGCUCUGUUAACUGCGUGGGGUUUAAACCAGGACACAAACACACCUGACAACUGAGCUCUCCCUGGUUGCUGUUUCACUGACAGUCCUCUGACAAAACCAUGAGGGUCUUCCUCCUGCUUUGCCUGCUGGCGCUAGGCAACGCAAAACCCUACCAGCCAAUCAACGUCAUGGACUUCAUGAAAAACUACGACAUCAUGAUGGCAGAUGCGGGUGACGAGGAUGACGAAGACGAGGAUGAUGACGAUGACGAUUUUGAUGAUGAAGAUGAGAACUGUCCAGCUGGCUGCCACUGCUCACCCAGAGUGAUGCAGUGCUCUGACCAGGGUUUGAUCUCUAUUCCUGAGAAGAUUCCUGAAGACACUGUGAUGAUAGACCUCCAAAACAACGAUAUCACUGAGAUCAAGGAGGAUGACUUUAAAGGCCUCAACAAGCUUUAUGGCCUGUUUCUGAUUAACAACAAGAUCUCUAAGAUUCACCCCAAGGCCUUCAGAAACAUGGACCACCUCAGACUGCUGUACCUCUCCUACAACAUGCUAAAUGAGGUCCCUGCAAACCUGCCUCCAAAUGUCAUCGAACUCCGCUUCCAUGAAAACAACAUCAACAGAAUCCAGAAGGAUGCAUUUAAAGGGCUGAGGAAACUCCAUGUGCUGGAGCUGGGUGCCAACCCUCUGGCCAACAGUGGGAUUGAGCUGGGAGCUUUUAAUGGCUUGUCGACUCUGUAUAUCGGAAUAGCAGAGGCCAAGCUAACUGCUGUACCAAAAGACCUCCCGUCCUCCAUCACAGAGCUGAGCCUUGACUACAACAAGAUCUCUAAGGUGGAGGUAGAAGACUUCCUCAGAUAUAAAAACCUGCAGAGGCUAGGACUAGGUUUUAACCAGAUCAAGUUUGUAGAAAAUGGCAGCUUUGUCAGCAUCCCAAACAUCCGUGAGAUCCACAUGGACAACAACCGUCUGAAAAAGGUCCCACCAGGCCUCAGCUCCCUGCGCUACCUCCAGGUGAUCUUCCUCCAUGCCAACAAAAUCGGCAGUGUGGGAGUCAACGACUUCUGUCCCAUCAGAUCCAGUGUCAAGAAGAACCUGUACACAGGCAUCAGUCUGUUUGCCAACCCUGUUAAAUACUGGGACAUCCAGCCGGCCACCUUCCGCUGUGUGACCGGACGGAGGGGUGUUCAGCUCGGAAACUUCAGAAAGAAGUAGGGAGUGAAAACGAGGCAUUCCAGAUAGAUCAGAAAUGGAGAACUGCCAAUAUCCUUGUUACAGUAUAAGGAAGGAGCUGGAAACAGUUCUGAUAGAUAAAAUAAGAUGAAACUGUAAGUCUAAAGUAUUAGCUGUUCAGGAAAUUAGAGAAAAUUUCAUUAUUUCAUUCUCGUAUACUAGAACCUGUAGUAGAUGUUGUUGAAUAUUUGUACAAUUUACACAUAUAAUUUCUCAGCUGGGGGGAGAAAAACAAAAGCAAAACUGUAGUCUGGAUGUUGGCGCCAAUAAUUAAUAUUGAAUCAUAAGCUAAAACCAUAAGAAAAAUUCCUCAGCUACAGUCAGUAUACAGGGGGUGGACAUAAUAACAUGAACAGCUGAAUGAUGAAAUUCACACAAGAGCCCUGCCUACCUUCGUGUGGUACAAGUCGUGAAGUGAUCCUCACCUUUUGUCUCUCAACUUUUGCUGUAAACUCUCCCAGGAAUAAGGCGCCUCCACCUGGUCACUUUUUGAGAAAAACCAUUCAGUGACUUGACUUGAAUAGUAUAACAUGCUGAUGCCUUUUUUUUUUAAUGAAAGAGAUUCUUUAGUUUUUUCCUUUGUAGUUGAAAAAUAAGACAACUUUUAAUGAGAUACAGUGUAGUAGAAAAGUUUAAGUUGUUUUCACUUCAUACUUAACUUACUCUGAAACAAAAUAGACCCUUUCCCUCUUUUGUCAUUUCCUUUUAUAUUACUGCAUAUUUAUGCCUUUGAAGUUGUGACAUUGAAAUUAUCAUAAAAGAAUCCCUAUUGGUCAGAGCUGUAACCUAAAGACCACUUCCACUUUAACUAAAACAUAUUUUCCUUCCCAGCAGAAGCCUGUGCAGUCAGUGAAUGAUGCCGGCAUUACUUAGUGCAAAAAGUCACUUUAAAGUCCCACGUCUGUCUUCAUGUGGAUGUUUUAUAUUAUCUCAUUGCAUGUCUGUAUUGUCUUUAGUUAGAAGCUGAGAGCUACAUGUCAGACUGGAUUAUACAUUGUCCAUGAUGUAAACGUGUCCUCUGCAGGGCUGGGGAUUAUCUGUAACUAAUCUAAAAUUCACCCUAAACAUCAAUUUGUUUUAACAUGAACUACAGUUGAUAUCGAAAUUAAAGCAGGAAGUGUAACUCCCAA